AUGGCCCUCAUUUGGAGAGCAUUUCAAGCGAUUAAAGGCGGAGGUACUCAUCAAAGUAAAUCACAAGAUAUUUCAUUUGACAGUACAACGCUUCCCGUGCUUGUUGCAGAACGUAUUGCGUCCUUCCUGAACGGCAAAGAUCUGAUAAAUUUGGGAAAGACUUGUAAAUUCUGGAACGAAAUAUCUCGCAAGAAUAUCGUCUGGAAAAUCCUCAUCGAGAGACGGUUUGGACGGCAGGCAAUUUCUGAAGCUAAAAAUACCGCGAUAGAUUACAAAGGGCUUUAUUUCAAACUAGCUACAAGCAAGAAGCCAGCUACUUCUUUUGAUAUAGUUUGGCUGAACGGUCAUUAUUUACAGAAAGCGAAAGACAGGGAAAGCGGAUAUGGAGAAGUUCUUCAAUUGAAUUCUGUUUGUUGGCUUCAAAUCAACCAGUUUUUCGUCGGCGUUCUUCCAGGAAAAUAUGCUUUGGUAUGGCGUAUGAAACUGGAUGGAGUUUACGUAAACUCAAGGGAAACGGUAGAAUUCCGAGCAAGGCCGGAGGAAGGGUGUGGAAAGGAACUUUGUUCGAAAUGGACCGAGCAUGAUCUGAAACGUGCAGAACGCCGCCAUGGUAAUUGUAAAUGGUUUGAACAGAACAUGGGGAAUUUUGAAGUGACAGCUACCUGCAAAGUAUAUGUUGAGAUUAAAGGAAGAAUAAGUCAGUGGUGUGGUGGUAUGUCGUGGGAUUAUGCCGAAUUAAGGCUGCUUAAGUAA